CUGAAAGGCUCCAUUCACUGCAGAAGCACAUGCUGUUUGGAUCAGAGCUCAGACUAGUUUCAUUUCUUAUAAAGUGAAACUCAAACAGUCAUCGCCAGUGAGAGGUGAAAUGGCUCAGAUAGGAAUUCAGCUGGACCAGGAAACAAUUUGCUGUUCCAUAUGUCUGGAUCUAAUGAAGUGUCCUGUGACUAUUCCCUGUGGACACAGCUACUGCAUGAACUGUAUUAAAAGCUACUGGGAUGACAAUGAUAAGGAGCAGAUCCACAGCUGCCCUCAGUGUAGGCGGACCUUCACACCGAGGCCUCUCCUGGUGAAAAACACCGUGUUAGCAGAUUUAGUGGAAGGACUGAAGACCGGACUCCAUGCUGCUCCUGCUGAUCACUUGUAUGCUGGACCUGAAGAUGUGGCCUGUGAUGUCUGCACUGGGAGAAAACUGAAAGCCUGCAAGUCCUGUCUGAUCUGUCUGGCCUCUUACUGUGAGAAACACCUCCAGCCUCACUAUGAAUCACCUACAUUUGAAAAACACAAGCUAGUGGACCCCUCCACACAGCUCCAGGAGAAUAUCUGCUCCCGCCAUGGUGAGGUGAUGAAGAUGUUCUGCCGUACUGAUCAGCAGCGUAUCUGUUAUCUCUGCCCUGUGGAUGAACAUCAAGGCCACGACACAGUCUCAGCUGCAGCAGAGAGGACUGAGAGGCAGAGAGAGCUCGAGGUGAGUCGACAAAACAUCCAGCAGAGGAUCCGGGACAGAGAGAAAGAUGUGAAGGUGCUUCAGCAGGAGGUGAAAGCUAUCAAUCACUCUGCUAAUAAAAUGGUGAAGGACACUGAGAAGAUCUUCACAAAGCUGAUCCGUACCUUCAAGAAAAGACGCUCUGAUGUGAAGCAGCAGGUCAGAUCCCAGCAGGAAACUGAAGUGAGUCGAGUCAAAGAGGUUCAGGAGAAGCUGGAGCAGGAGAUCACCGAGCUGAAGAGGAAAGACGCUGAACUGAAGCAGCUGUCACACACUGAGGAUGACAACGUGUUUCUAAACCACUACCCCUCACUGUCAGCACUCAGUGAAUCCAGAGACUCAUCCAGUUUCACUAACCGUCCUCUGCGCUACUUUGAGGAUGUGACAGCGGCUGUGUCAGAAGUCAGCGACAAACUACAGGACGUUCUGAGUGAGAAAUGGACAAACAUCUCACUAAAAGUGACUAAAGUGGAUGUUUUGCUGUCAUAUUUACAACCAGAGCCCAAGACCAGAGCUGGAUUCUUACAACAUUCAUGUGAAAUCACACUGGAUCCAGACACAGCACACACACAGCUCUUACUAUCUGAGGGGAACAGGAAAGAAACAUUAAUGAGUAAACCACUGUCUUAUUCUAGGCACCCAGAGAGAUUCCUGGCAAAUUUCCAGGUGCUGAGUAGAGAGGGUCUGACUGGACGUUGUUACUGGGAGGUGGAGUGGAGGGGGACAGCAGUUUAUGUAGCAGUCGCAUAUAAGAAUAUCAGCAGAGCAGGGAGGUUGAAUGAAUGUGGAUUUGGAUUUAAUGACAAGUCUUGGGCAUUAAGAUGUCACAAAAGAAAUUAUGAAUUUUGGUACAACAACAUCAAAACUCCCGUCUCAGGUCCCCAGUCCUCCAGAGUAGGAGUGUACCUGGAUCACAGUGCAGGUAUUCUGUCCUUCUACAGCAUCUCUGAAACCAUGACUCUCCUCCACAGAGUCCAGACCAAGUUCACUCAGCCUCUCUAUGCUGGACUUUGGAUUUUAACUUUGGGAGACACUGCUGAGUUCUGUAAACUCAACAAGACAGAAAUAAUUUAAGGGACAGUAGGUAAAUAAUUUGUUCUGUUGCUUAAACUUAUUUUUGCUGCUGAGAGCUGAUUGUUGUGGCAUUAUGAGGUAUUGAGGUAAUUUUACGUCCUCUCAUUAGUUGUUGUGUAAAUCUGAGUUUCUGUAGGUGGCGCUCCUUCCUGUGUCUGUUUAGCCAUGGAGACUAUAAUUGAAUCAUGAUGAUUUUUAAAUAGCUGAACUGACAUUUAUCUGCAUUAAAAUGUAAACUUCUCUGUGCUCUAAAUGUUUUUUGCACAAUUCUGUUGAUGUAUUUUAUGUUGUUGUUUCUCUUCUGCUGCAUGGAUCUUAAGAGAGAUAGCACCUGACCUUCCUUUAUCAUAGAUAUUUUGUUCUAUCCACUUUGUAAUAAUAAUAUAUAUUUAUAUGUAUUUGUUUAGCAGCAAAGGAAAGCACAAAUGAGGUACUACAUGGUGUUAUAAAACUGUAGUUAUCAUGAUCAUGAUCAUGGUCUUUUCUCUUACAUGACUGAGAUUCUGGUCAAAUAUUUCUGAUUAUGUGGAUGAAGUGAAUCUGUACAUGAAAUCAUUGAAUAAGAGUCAUUCAACAGAUUUUACUGAUGAGAUGUGUGAACAAACUGAAGGUUUACAUAAUGAAUGAAACAAUUUAUUCAUGACUGAACAAAGUUUCUUCUUCUUGUCUUUAUUUCAGUUUGUCAUGCAAAGCUAAUAAAGAAAAUGUAAAGCUGUUGAAGCUAAGGCAUCUUGACAGGCUAACAAGUGAAAUGUGAAAAUGCACAACACUAGAGGGCGCCUUCAUUCUGCUAACGAGGCAUGUAGUGGAUUUAAACACCUCAACUCAGUCUGUCUACAGUUUCAGUUAACAGCAUGUUUUUAGGUUAAUAAGAUAUGAGUCAUAAUAAAAAUGCAAGGUGUAAUACAUCAUGGUUUACUUGACUAUUUGAACUUAAAUCUGUGCUUAAACUACAAAUCUAACAUCCACAAGAAAGUGCCAGUCUGACAUUCACACUACUGACUUCAAGGAGAGAAGAGAGAGAUGCCCCCCCACGACCUUUUCUGACAAAUCUCUCC